UCGUGAAAGUGUUGGGGCGAAAAUGAAAAACUAGAAAAAGUUGUUUCCCAUUGUAUAGAGCUCCGAGAAAAGAGACCUGCUUUGCUUAACCAGAUAGGAAGCAAAGGUUUUUCAAAGCCUUCAAAGUCCAAGGUUGCAUAGGUUUCUCUGCUCAAGUGUCGGACGGAGAAAGCUUGCAACUUUGGUUCCAAAUUCUCUGACCGUUUGUGUUACUUUAUAUGCAUUGAAAUCAAGUUUGAGACAAGAAUAAUAAAUUGUGUGGUCGAUUAGUUAUGGAGCCUCUCUGGAAGCUUUUUUAUUUGCUGGAGCCUGCACCUAUUACUCUAGUUGUAACGGCAGUAGGCGUGACUUUUGGAUCUGCAUUUCGUGCUCUAAAUUAUGGGAAAGAAAUGGAGAAAAAUCGUGACUUAUCUGAAACAUCAAUUACAUUAGAUAGGUCCCAAGCACUCAUGAUACCGGUGAUGAGCUCUAUAAGCUUGCUUUUGAUGUUCUACUUGUUCACUUCCGUCUCACAACUCCUCACUGUAUUCACAGCCGUUGCCUCCGUCUCCUCCCUAUUUUUCUGCAUGUCUCCUUAUGUAGCCUAUUUGAAGUCACAAUUUGGUCUUGCUGAUCCAUAUGUGUCAAGAUGUUGUUCCAAGUCAUUUACGCGAAUCCAAGCGCUGUUAUUGCUGUUAUGCAUUGGUACAGUUGCUGCUUGGCUUGUUUCUGGACAUUGGGUAUUGAACAAUUUGUUGGGCAUUUCCAUAUGUGUUGCCUUUGUGAGUCAUGUCCGUCUUCCAAACAUUAAAAUUUGUGCGAUGCUUCUUGUCUGCCUAUUCGUAUAUGACAUAUUCUGGGUUUUCUUCUCUGAGAGAUUUUUUGGGGCGAAUGUCAUGGUAUCAGUGGCAACACAACAAGCCUCGAACCCAGUUCAUACUGUUGCAAAUAGUUUGAGUCUUCCUGGACUGCAAAUGGUAACGAAGAAGUUGGAAUUGCCUGUGAAGAUUGUCUUUCCCAGGAACUUAAUUGGUGGAGAGAUUCCUGGAGGUGCCAGAGACUUCAUGAUGCUUGGUCUCGGUGACAUGGCAAUACCUGCCAUGCUACUGGCAUUAGUCCUAAGUUUUGAUCAUCGAAGGAGCAAGGAUUUGGUAAAUCUGUUAGAUAUGCAUUCCUCAAAGGGGCACAAAUAUAUUUGGUAUGCCCUUCCUGGAUAUGCCAUUGGCCUGGUUACGGCUUUAGCAGCUGGCAUCUUGACACACUCACCUCAACCAGCGCUUCUUUAUCUGGUGCCUUCGACGCUGGGACCAAUUGUUUUCAUUUCUUGGAUAAGGAAGGAACUAGCGGAGCUAUGGGACGGACCCUUGCCAAGCAUGAACGAUAAGGCUCACCAGAUUGAAGUAUGAUCCUCGUAUCUGUGCGGCCGCUCAGCUCAGUGCUUGCUUGCAGAGCAAAAUGAAAGUUGUACAUUCCUUGGAAUGGAGAAUCCUCUAUUCCAACUUGAAAAAACCAAAACCGAUAUACGGAAUUAGCAAUCGAUGUUUAUUUUCCGAAUUUUGAUAUUUCAAAUAUUUCCGAUCCAAUUUCUUUGGCAACUAAUGAAUGAAAUGUACGUGUCAAUCUCGUCA